CGUCACACAAAUGGCGGACGUUGUAAACAGAGCCAACAGUUCGUCGCAGGCCGCAGACAAACGGCUCUUUUUAAGAUGAACAGCGUGGAAUAUGAGCGGCUGGACAGUCUGGAGGGCUGGGUGGCGGUCAAGAGCAACAUAUUCGAAGAGAACGAGACGUUUAAGCUGGGUUUCAUCGUCCAGUGGAAUGUCAUAGAGUGCAAGUUCGCCGUCACCUGCCACAACCGGACGUUACAGCGGCAGAAGCGCAAAGCAGAAGUCCCAGUCGGCGGCGACCCUCAGAUGAGCUGGGCUGGACUCUUCUCUGUCAGCGACCUCAAACACGUCCACCAGCAGUUCACAUGCGUGGCAGACGUCCUGGGAGCCUGUUUCCCGGAUUUGUCAGAGUUUGAGGAGGGUAACAUUUGGGACUUGCUCUUCCUGAAUCGAAGAACCGGCGGCGGUGGCGAAGAUGACGACGAGAGAGAUUUUGACACUCCGUGUAGGAAGCUGGAGAAAUAUUUCAGCACAGCCAUCGACAUCUGCGGGAGAAAGAUUGUUCUGGAUACCUUGUUCGCCCAGGAUGAGAGGGAUGUGGAGGAGUACUUUGAAAAUCUGCAGGAGUUCAAAAGGAAGACCAUGCAGGAGGAGAUGUCAAGGGCCAAAGGUCUCCUGAGACAGCUGCUACAAAGUCACAGUACUGCUGACCGAAUGGUUGCGCUGCACAGCAUUUAUGAAGAAGAAGACGAGGCCUACCAAGACCUGGUCACUGUUGCCACCACUUUCUUCCAGUACCUGCUGCAGCCGUUCAGAGACAUGAGAGAGCUGGCCUGCCUUUACAAACUAGAGAUCCUGAAGUCUUUGGAGUUUGAGGACUUGGGUCCUCGGAGGAUUGCAGCUCUGGAGAAGGAGGCAGAAGAGUGGAGAAUGAAAGCAGAAGACGCAGUCGCCUCAAUUCAGGACAUCACUGUCACCUACUUUACACAGACUUCAAAGGCUCUGGCUGGUAUGUUAAAACAGAUGGAGGAGGAUAAGUGUCGGUUUGGACCUGCUGCCUGGGCAUCUGCGGCUCCCAGACUGGAAAAGCUGCGUUUCCUAUUGGCCAAAGAAACCCUGCAGCACAUGAGAGCUGCAGAGAUGUGCCUCAGCCGCAAGAAAGACAGCAUCAGAGAAAGGCUGGGGAGCCUGUCAGGCAGCAACCAGAGCCAGAGAACUGAUUCCAGGUCUGUGUUUGAGGACAGCCAGAAGCAGCCGGACACAGUGGACCAGCUGGAACUGCAGUUCUAUGAAAUCCAACUAGAACUAUAUGAUGCCAAGUUUGAGAUUCUGAAGAAUGAGGAGCAGCUGCUGGUGGCUCAGAUAGACACCUUACGACGGCAGAUUAAAGAACUGAAGGAGGAGGUGGUGUACUAUGAUGUGUGCGAGGAUCCAGAGGAGCUGCAGAGCAUGGUCCACACAGGUAUUCAGCAAGCAAACUCUCCAGCCGUCACUCAGCUCAAGAGACGCCUACAGACCCUGGAGACCAAGCGAGGCAACAUCUGUGCCCGGCGAGCAUAUCUACGCAACAAAAAGGAUCAGUGCAUGGAGGCCCAUGAGCAGAAGCAGCUGGCAGCCAAGCAGAGCUCCAUAGUGUUCAGUCAGCAUCAUCAGGUCCACCUGAAACGAGAGAAGAGGAAAGAGGAGGAGCGGAGGAGGAAAGAGUGGGUGGACCAGGAGCGAGAGAAGACUCUGAGCAGAUUACGAUCCUUCAGAGAGAAGCGACAGGGCCAGUACAUCCUGAAGACCCCUCAGUCCAGAGCGUCCUCUUCAGAAGUGUCUUGUCCCUCCCAGCCGCUGUCCAUCAUCAGCCUCAGCCCGUCUCCUGCCCCCGUAGGACCUUCCUCCAUCCGUCCUGCACCUAGAAGCAAGAAAACACUCAAAAAGCAGCAGCCUAAAGACAUCCCUGUCCAGAUCUAUUCUGCACCGCCACCUCCAGCAACCGCCUGCCCUCCUCCUCCUCCUCCUCCUCCUCCUCCUCCUCCUCCUCCACCACCACCACCACCUCCUCCACCUCCCCCACCGCUGCCUCCCGCCAUACAUCCUCCUCCUCCUCUUGUCCAGGCUUCCUUUGAGGACACACCGAUGCCUCUCAGUGAAAAAGAAGACCCUCCUUUCCCUACCAAGAACAUGCUGAAGCAAAAUAUAGGAACAAUGGAUGAAGUUUUGGCGUCACUGCAGCGUGGACAGAUAAAGCUUCGAAAGGUUCCCGCUGCCAAAACUGCAAGCCCUGCUGAGGAUCCAAGGAGCAGCCUGAUGUCGGCCAUCCGACAGGGAGUCACCCUGAAGAAGGUGGUUCCUGCUCGAGCUGAAGUCCAGAGCAACGACAACGAGCUGGAGCGAAGCAUCAAAGCUGCCAUGAUGAGGAUGAAGAAGGUGUCGGCUGACUCAGACGACGAGGACAGAGGUGAUGAAGAGACUCACAGCGUAGACUGGGACAGCUGAGAGCAAACAACGUCCAUCAAGCCGUUCUCUUAUUACCCCCCACUCUGUUUCCUUCACGGUUGUGAUCUACAGCUUACGCCGCUGCCAAAUUUUCACCGAAAAGCCGCUUCUUUGACGGGAUUACGCCUCUUCUGACUUAAACAGUGCCGUUUUCUGAAGUUGUCGCGCAGUAAUCCUAUUGGUGUUUGCAAAGUAGCCCUGAGAUGCUGUAAUGCAUCCAGAACCGCUCCAUGCCAACUAACCAGUGAGUGGAGGAAUCAGGAUUUAGGCUCCUCUGAAGCACUUUUUGGUUUGCAGAAAUCCCAAAACGGAGUGAAUGAGGCGCUGCGUUUUAAAAAGCAAAGCCAAGCAGUAGUACUGUAGUACAGUGUGCAAAUGAUUGAAAUCCUCCCAACUCUGUGUCUGGAGGCCUUUUGUGAGACCGUCACACAGCAGGGGAAGCCAAUGCUGCGAGCAGAAGCGACUACACUACACAGAUUCUCAUUUUGCUCACAUUGCUGAGUCUCAGCUCAUUCUGAAUGUCAUUUCAGCUGAACACUUGUUUAAUUUAGCCCAGCAAGAGCUACAGCAAACUCACUUUUGUAUUUUCCUUGCAUUUUAUUACUUAACAAAGGAGGAGUUAUGCUGUGAAGAGCAGAAGUGUUAAUUAUUUACAGUCUUGUCUGUAUUAGAGGCUGUUUGAUGCUUUGCCGUGUGUUCGUUUUGUCUUUUUGUGUGUGUGAAUGUGUUGCGCUUAAUUAGGGUGCAGUUUAUAAAAUGAUCCGUUAUUCCUUCCUGUAUGAUGCCAUAACAAAAGACGUGACAAAUUACGUAUGUCAGAUUAAUUUUUUAGUAAAUAAAUGCUUCCAUUUAGUGAUGGAAUUACUCCAUAAUUACAGCACUCUGUUUCUGUUCAUUGGUAGAUCCUAUAAUAAGCCUGGUGACAGUUUAUUGUUGAUGUUUAGAGCAAAUGUUCAACGUUUGACCGCUAAACCUGUGACACCUGAAAAAGAUAAGGCUGGAAUGUAUUAUGCACAAAAAACAGCAUUAAAUGGUUUGCACAAUGUUAGGGAAUUCUGCGAUGUCAAGGAGGCAGAUUCAGACACUCUGGAGACUCAGAUGGCUUCAGUUGAGAAUGAGAUUUACUGAUAUCAGGACGACAACGAGCAACACAGUGAUGUGAGCACUGGCAGCAUCGAUUCUGAGCAUUCUCUGAAACACUGGGUAUAUAAGGAGUUGGGAGGAAUGUCAUAUUUAGAUUCCGGCCCAAUAUGGAGACAACUUGUCUGCUCAUGAAUGUUAACUAGACCAUAUCUAAUCAUAACCAAGUCACGUUUUUCCUGUUUUUUUUGUAUCUUCUUUUGCAGCAUCUGCCUUUCUCAGGGUCAUAUUAGAGACAGAGAGGCCUGAAUGCUCCCAGCCUCAGUUUAGGAGAAGCAAAUAGGAACAGGAGUCAAAGGUAGGAUCAUUUGAGGUGAUCUAAAGAUUCUACAACUUGAUUUAAUGUGUCUGUAGUUGACAGAUGCAACCUGCAUGAUAUUCUGUGAUGUCUUCAGCUCCAAGGAAAUACCUCAAUUAGGGGAAAGAGUCAUUUUUCCUUCACACACAAUUCAUUAAUCCCCAGUGUGUUGAAGACAAGCUGUGAGGUGCUGAAGGCUGAACCACUCAUGCUGUGUUUUAAUAAUAAAUGAACACACAUCAGGUCAUCAACAUGAAACGCUGGCAAUUUCAUCCCCUUUAAUUCAAAAUGUAUCACCCUGAGAUCUCAACUGUUUGCUGCUCCCUGAUGCCCACAGGUCCGUUCUUUAAACAAGUCAUCCUCCGCAGAGGUGUUUUACCAAACCUGGUGAACCCCGGUGAGUGUGCUUGGGCGGAUUUGUAGCCCACGAUGAUGAGUCAUCUUGUAAUAUCCAUGCUGGCAGCCGUCGCUCUCGCGUCUCUUCUCCUGCGGUGACAGCGCAGACGUCCCCCAGCCAGCUGAUUGACUUUAUUCAGGCUCUGUGUGCUUUAGAGAGGGGCCGCUAGCAGAGGUGAUAACGAGCGUCUUUGCUGUGUAAUUUGCCGGCGACGUCCAGGUGAUUCAGGUGGAAGGCGGGUCGUGGACCUUUGUUGGGGGCAGGGGAGGGAGUAGGGGAAGACACGUAUGAUGGGUGUUUAGAUGCAAACCCGUCAGUCGAGCAUCAACACGAAAUUCCGCAGCCUGUUACUAUGGCAACAGGAAGUCUCGGUGGUAGUGGCCCGCAGUGCCAUCUCUCUCUCUCUCGUACAGAGCAGCAUAGUCUCCUAAUGAUGUUUCACCAACUCGCCCACUCACCACCAGUCACACAGUGAGCCUCGCUGAGAGUCAGAGACAGCAGAGAGGGGACAGAGAGACAGAAAUGCUGCUUUCGCUGUAUCCUAACUGGGUGGGUUGGAGUGUGAUUGAUCAUACGAGGAUUCUUUUACCUAAGGCUUCAUGUUUAAAGUCAGAAUAAAGUAUAUUAAUGUCUAAAAAGUGACAAUAUCUUGAUUCUGACAUUAUUUGUUGCUUUGUCAAAAAUCUCCAAAGUAUCCCCAAGGUAUCCAGGGCUGAUUCUUCUGUAAUCAAACAAUCUUGAUGGUUUGCGCCAUAAAAUGUCAUAAAAUGUUGAUAACAUUAUGGAUUGGAGUGUGACUGAUAAUUGGUGUGAUGCAAAGAUGGUUAUUUAACUAUUAUUUUAUUUAAAAAGUGAGAAAAUUCAGAGUCUGGUAUCUUUUGUCAAAAAUCCCUAAAAGGUAUCCAAUAGGGCAGAUUCUUUCUGUGAUCUAACAGUCUGGAUGGUUUGGUCAAUAAAAUGUUCUAAAAUAGUAAAAAUGUCAACCCCAGUAUGGAUUGGAAUGUGAUUGCUAAUUGACAUGAUGCAAGUGAGGAUUAUUUCAGCGAAUGUUUUCUCUGUUUGUUUAAUUUUUAAAGUCAGAAUGGAGUAUAUUAAUGUCUAAAAAGUGACAGUAUAUUGACUCUGACAUUAUCUUUUGCUUCGUCAAAAAUCCCCAAAUGUAUCCAAUCGGGCUGAUUCUUCUGUAAUUAAUUCAUCUUGAUCGUUUGGUCAAUAAAAUGUCAUAAAAUAGUGAAAAUGUUGACAGCAUUAUGGAUUAGUGUGACUUUUAAUUGGUGUUAUGCAAGGAAGGAUUAUUUUACCUAAGGCUUCAUGUUUAACAUGUCAGAAUUAAUUAUAUUAGUGUCUAAAAAGUGCCAAGAUCUGAACUGACAUUUUUUCUUUUGUCAAAAGUCCCCAAAAGGUUUCCAAUAUGGCUGAUUCUUUCUGUGAUCAAACAAUAUAGAUGGUUUGGUAAAUAAAAUGGUAAAAAUGUUGAGCAGAAUAUGGAUUGAAAUGUGAUUGCUAAUUGAUGUAAUACAAGUAAGCAUUAUUUUAGCUAAUGUUUUAAUUUUUUAAGUCAGAAUGAAGUAUAUUAAUGUCUAAAAAGUGAGUCAUUUUUUGUUUUGUCAAAAAUCCCUAAAAGGUUUCCAAAUAGGGCUGAUUCUUUUUGUCAUCAAUUAAUCUUGAAUUGGAUUGGUCAAUAAAAUGUUAUAAAAUAGUAAAAAUGUUGGCCACAGUAUGGAUUGAAGUGUGAUUGUUGAUUGAUUCGAUGUAAGUGAGGAUUAUCUUAGCUCAUGUUUUACCUGUUUGUUUCAUUUUUUAAGUCAGAAUUAAGUAUGUUAGUUUCUGAAAGUGCCUAGAUCUAGACUGAUAUUUUUUUCUUUUGUCAAAACUGUCAAAAAUUCCUAGAAGGUAUUCAGUAGAGCUUGGAUACCUACAUGGUUUGGUCUAUAAAAUGUUCUAGAAUAGUAAAAAUGUUGACCACAAUAUUGACUGGAGCAUUAUUGAUAAUUGGUGUGAUGCGAGUAAGGAUUAUUGUACCUAUAGAUUAAUGUUUCACCCAAUGUUCCCUCUAAUUUUUCCUGAGUGUGAGCAAACACACAAACUCCCUGAGCGUCCCUUGGACCACUGUGAGCAACAUCAGACGUGUGCACUGUGGUCACACCAGCAUCACAUCCAUUCAAGUUACAUGGUUCAUUAAAAGAAUCAAAUUACAGCAUUUACAUUUCUGUUAAAACACUUUGUCAACAGGAGCCAGUUGAAGGCUGCAGUGAUUUUAGUGACACUACAAUGUAUAAGAGUGAAGUUAUUGAAUAUUUGUCUCUUUACUGUUGCAGUGGUUUUGCAAAUUGCAGACGGACCCUGUUCACUCCAUAGACACCAAUGUUAUUCCUGUAGCUUGAAAGACAGCUACUUUUGAUAAAACUGGGCUUGUAGCACAUUGUCUGCCUUGCAACAAUGGGAAAGAGGCACCGUUUAUGUUUUGACAACCUAUAUCUAAUGAGUUAUUGAUGCUGGAAGCCCCAAUCUGUGAAUAUCUUUCCAACUUUACUGAACUUGGGGCCACUACCACCUAAGGAGUGAUAUAUUUAAUUUAGAAAAGCAUUUAGCCAUACUUAAAGCUUUAAGUGCUUUAUUAACACGGAACUAAAAAUUUUGUAUUGUUUUAUUAUCACAGGUUCUGUCUGAAAAGAGGUGGCAUCAUUUUAAACAGUGAAAUCAAACUAACAAAAUGUAAUGACCAACCAGUGAGCAAUACUGGAUUCUGCAAAAACAUAAACAACUUUUUUUAAAAAUCUAAAUCUUAUCUUAACACAGUUAAUGUAUUAACUUAUUUUUGUGUGUAUGCAUGUAUUUAUUGAUUUAUUUAGUACUGUUAACAUAUCAGAGUUCUGAGUGAAUUUUUCUUAAGAUAGGCAAAGGCCAUUUAUUGAUUACAUAUAGGCUGUUAAAUGUUUAUUAAAAACUAAAAAGCAUUUAAAGAAAACAACUUAGGCAUUUAUUGAGUCACUAAAAUACUGUAGAGUACAGACCACAUCAGCAUGAUUAUAAGCAUCCUCUGGUAAAUUAACAACCAGAUACUGAUGUCUCUCACCAUAUGGACUUCAGGAGAUGACUGGGGGAUGAUAAACUGUGACCUACUGGUUGGGUUCUCUCUGUUCUCAUGUUUCUUACAUGUUUGUCCCCUGACAGCCGGGUCCUAAUGUUUUUUGGCAACACACCAUACUAUGAUGUUUUUACAAUGAUGGUUCUACUAUGGAACCAGUUUGACAUGUUCAGGUGUUCUUUGUGUGAAAACUCAGAGAUUUCAGGGAUCAGAAGGUGGUUUUCAACUUUCUUUGUUAACUUUCUGCUUCAACUUUAAACUAAAUUUCCUUGACUAAGCCAGCCCUCUGGACUUCCAGGAAGCUGUGUUCCUAUUGGCUGUCCAGGUGGCUGCUUGGUGUUAUCAGGAACACCUGAGCAGCUUGGUGUUAUCAGGAACACCUGAGCAGCUCAGUGUCUUCCUGCUUUAUUUAGCUGCAUUCAAACAUUUCCUCUGCUUCUGUUCACCACUGAACCGGGUUUGGCUCCAUUGCUUUAGUCUGUUCUUUAGGCGUUGGCUUGCAGCUUCCAGCAGUAAAAUUGUCUUUAAUGUGUUUCUUGGUGUGUUUUAGGGCUUUGUACUGGAUAGCUGUCUUGGUAAAUGAGGCUCUUUAGCCACAGUUAGCACAUGGUGCUAAUGUGUGCAGUGAUUAGUGGAUUUGGUGCAGCUGAGUUGUGUCUUUAUCUUGGCUGUAGUGAGUCUUCAGAGGUUUUUGGUCAGACACAGUCUGUAUUCUUGUUUGUGAACCAGCGUUGGUUGUCCAGAAGGUAAGAGUUCCUGUCCUGAUUCUCUGUUCUCAGAGGUUCUCUGGUAGGCUGCAGGAGACUUUAGUGUUUAGGUUGUACUAGUUUGGUUUUUGUAUGGUUUCAUUUGGAUGAUUAUCUUGAGGCUCCUCCAUGUGGUUUAGUGAGGUUUUCUAGAACAGUUCUACAAAGCAACCUGCAGCAGAAGAGACUUUGAGAGUUUUUAGGAAGUUCUGGAGACCAGACUUUAGAGCAGCAGAAACAUUUGUCAGCAGUUUGAGCAGGAGAAGGUGAUCUUCAGAGUAGAAAUGAGACGGAAACCUUCUUGACCCGUGUGGUGAGGUCCUGUACCAAGAGUUUGAGCAGGUUGUGAAGAGUCUGUAGUUCCUUGGUCUGAAAGCACAAGAGUCGACUCAUUAAAGGAGAAAACAGGAGAUAUUGUUGGUUCUUCUGUCGCUCUGCAGUUUCCUUAGACUGAAUAUCAAGUUUAUAUUUUAAAUGAUUUCCCAUGUGAGCCCAAGAAGACUUCAAUAAACUCCCUCCAUCCCCUGGACACAACAUAUUUUAUUACCAUGUUAAUUCUUUUUUUUUAAAACAUGUUUUUGAGUUUUAAAUCAUAGUUUUAGCCUAGUUUUUUUCUCUUUGCUUGUUUAGUUUUGUCAUCUGUGUAAAAGGUGCUAAACAAAUAAAGUUGAAUUGAUAAACUGAA